UCUAAAGAGUAAAUAAUCAAGAAACCCAAUUUUGCACUUGUUCCCACAAAUUUUCCCAAAUACUAUUUCUUGUCUAAACUGAAAUGAUGAUUCCCUUAAGUCUGUAGUCUACUUCACAAGCCCUCUCCAAAAUUGCUAAGUUUUCUCCAUAUUAAUCUCAAUCUUAUGUGAUUAAUUAAGGUUGCUACUUUUGUUAUGCAAUAAGUUGUCAAAGUGUUAAUGCAACGUUGGUUCAGCAAAAUUUGUUGAUAUUUUAUGUCGCCGCCGUUGUGAUGGCUACCAAGAAAAUCAUAGCAAUAUGCCAAUCUGGUGGGGAAUUUAUGACCAACAAUGAAGAUGGAUCUAUGAGUUACACUGGAGGAGAUGCAUAUGCUGUAGAUAUCGAUGAGAACACGAAUGUUGACACGUUUAAAAAAGAACUAGCGGAUACAUUUAAGUUUAGCAGCAGUGAUGGAAUGACUAUAAAGUAUUUUCUUCCUGGGAAUAAAAAGACCCUCAUAACGGUAUCGAAAGAUAAGGACCUACAACGCAUGGUUAACUUCUUCAAGGAUGCUGAGCAAGUGGAAGUCUUUGUAGUUGCAGAAGUAGCUGUUGCACCUAAUAUUUCCAAUAUGCCUGCCAGUAGGUCCAACAGGACAACAAUGUCAGAGACAGCACUUUCCCCUGCUACCCCUGUGGAUAUGUCAAAUCCCGACAAUCAGCUUAUGGUUGAUACACCCAUUGAUACGACACCGUUAGGUAGUUUCCCGAGUAGCAAUGACGACAAGCACCGUAGGGCAGCUACACAGUGGGAAAACUCCAUUACUGGUGUGGACCAAAGAUUCAGUAGUUUUACUGAAUUUCGCGAAGCCUUACAUAAGUACUCAAUUGCACAUGGAUUUACGUAUAAAUAUAAGAAAAAUGAUAGUCACAGAGUAACAGUUAAAUGCAAGUCUGAGGGUUGUCCGUGGCGUAUUUAUGCGUCAAGGUUGGCUACCACCCAGCUGAUAUGUAUUAAGAAAAUGCAUAAAAACCAUACAUGUGAAGGAGCUGCCGUGAAAGCCGGAUAUCGAGCAACAAGGGGAUGGGUGGGAAGUAUAAUUAAGGAAAAGCUGAAGUUUUCUCCUAAUUACAAGCCAAAGGAUAUCGCCACUGACAUUAAGCGUGAAUAUGGCAUUCAGUUGAACUAUUCUCAGGCAUGGCGUGCAAAAGAGAUUGCAAGAGAGCAACUUCAGGGUUCUUAUAAAGAAGCAUACAGUCAGUUACCAUUAUUCUGUGAGAGAAUCAUGGAAACUAAUUCUGGUAGUCUUGCUACAUUUGCCACAAAGGAGGACUCGAGUUUCCACCGGCUAUUUGUCUCCUUUCAUGCUUCAAUUAAUGGUUUUCAACAAGGCUGCCGUCCUCUUCUUUUCCUUGAUAGCACUGUUCUCUAUGCAAAAUAUCAAGGAACCCUAUUGGCUGCCGUGGGUGCAGAUGGGAAUGAUGGUGUCUUUCCGGUAGCCUUUGCAGUUGUAGAUGAGGAGACAGAUGACAACUGGCAUUGGUUUCUUUCUGAACUUAAAUCUGCUGUCUCAACCUCUCGACCAAUAACAUUUGUUUCUGCUUUCCAUAAUGGUAUAAAAGAGUCAUUGUGUGAUAUAUUCAGCAAAGAUUGCUACCAUGGUUAUUGUCUUCGGUACCUUGGUGAGAAAUUAAAUAAGGAUCUGCAUGGGAAAUUUUCACAUGAAGCAAGGCGUCUUAUGAUCCAAGAUUUAUAUGCUGCUGCUUAUGCCCCAAAACUGGAGGAUUUUGAGCGCUGUGUUGAGAAUAUAAAAGCCAUCUCACCUGAUGCUUACAGUUGGGUCGUGCGAAGUGAGCCUGAUCGUUGGGCAAAUGCCUUUUUUGGUGGGGCAAGGUAUAACCACAUGACUUCUAACUUUGGUCAACUUUUUCGUGAUUGGGUAUCUGAUGUGAGUGAGCUUCCAAUCACUCAGAUGGUUGAUGCCUUGCGUGGGAAGAUGAUGGAACUGAAUUACACAAGACGUGUUGAUUCUAGUCAGUGGCUUACAAGACUGACGCCUUCUAUGGAAGAAAAGCUUCAAAAUGAGACAUCAAGGGCAAUAUCACUUCAAGUAUUACACUCACAUGGGAGCACAUUUGAGGUCCAUGGAGAAGCUGUUGAUAUAGUUGAUAUUGAUAAUUGGGACUGCAGCUGCAAAGGGUGGCAGCUCUGUGGGUUGCCUUGCUGUCAUGCUAUUGCUAUUUUCGAAUGUCUGGGAAGGAGCGCAUAUGAUUAUUGCUCUAGAUACUUCACAACUGAGAGCUACCAUUUGACAUACUCAGAAUCAAUCAACCCUAUACCCCUUCUGGAAAAGCCCGUGAAAACUGAAGUAGACAUGGAAAUCAUGGUCAGUCCUCCUCCAACUAAACGUCCACCUGGCCGACCAAAGAUGAAACAACCGGACUCAGUUGAGAUAAUGAAACGUCAACUUCAGUGUAGCAAGUGCAAGGGCCUGGGCCAUAAUAAGAAGACAUGCGAGAAGGCAAAUAAGAUUGGUGGAUCUGAUCCUCCACUUCUUACUGGCGUUUUGGUAGCUGAAGAACCUGAAGUCACUGCAUGAUAUUUGGUACCUUCUUCUCCUAUGUAUAUAAGAAAGUCUUUUGCGAAGUCUAGACACUAGUCUUAGAUGCCCUUUAGGACAGGAGCGGAUGGGGUUUCUUUUAGGUAGACUUUUAUAUUAUACUAAAUAAAUGGAAAUGCCAUUUUAAUUAGUUUUUGGGGUGACAAUUUUUUAUUCAGAAGUUUUGCCGCUAGAUUUCAUCAUUAGAAUCAAUCCUUGCCAUCCUUUCUGCCCUUGUGGAAAUGGGGGCAAAAAAAACUAGUGGGUGUGGGUGUUAUGGAUAAUAAGAUAGGGAAAUAGAAAUCAUGAGAGCUUAAAUUCACCAAGAUCUGUUAUUGUAUGUACCAAAGUGACCUUAAAUUCACUUCCUAUUAAAUAUUAUUCCUUAUGAUGUUUGUUAGAGCACCUUUGUUUCAAAGCUUACGGCCUGCAGAUUGCACUUUUUGUUUUGAUAACCGAGAAAUCUCCGAAGACAAACAGCAUGGUUCGAAACUCCUGCCCCUCUUCAGGAUUGCACUUUAAAACUGAGCAAUUAUUCAUCCCCGCGGAAAGUCUUUAUUUACUAGUCAUGCCAUAGUGGUGAUUCACCUUGUCAAGUUGUAUAUGUGAUUAUAUUAGAUUAUGUAGGAGACUCAUGCCCUACGUGAAGUACUGAUGAAUAAUGGACUCGAAUUUUAUAAAAGCAGUGAAAUUGCUCUCUAUCUCAGCGUCGUAUUUGGAAGGUGGAGAAGAAGGGUAAAGAUUAAUUGGACUUCAGAAUCUGAGUUCAAAUGGAGCGACAUGGACAGUUUGGAUUGAGGCUUAGUAGUAGUAGUAGUUGAUUGAACUACGGAAUAUGUAGCUAGAACGAUGGCGGUACUUAUAACAACAGGAUAAAAGGAUAUUCGAAGAACAAAAGCAAGAAAUCGUUCAACUGUCCAACCAUGGCUUUCUUGAGUAUCUGGGGUCUUUGCAUCGGAGCAAGCACGAGAGCUAGUUUGCUCACAUAUUUUCUUGUUCCAUGUUGUAACUCACGCAUCCUGAAUGGACAACAGUUUACGAUAAACAAAUUGAAAUUGUUGUCGGGUGGACAUAAUAUGAUGCUCUAAGGGCACUGUAGGAGAUUGUGAUUUUGAAAACUCCUGAAUGAUCAAAGAAUUUGCUCCCAUUCUAUCAGCAUUAGAAAUAUACUUCCAAUAAUGUAUAUUACUCUCCUUGUAUAUUUACUAACACAUAAUCAUGUUUGAGUAACUUGCUUUGAAUGUUGUGAAUGUUAUAGGUGAGAUUAU